UCGCCAAUCAUUUUAUCACAGAUUAAUCUUUCACGCCGGCCCCGGGUUCCAUUCGUCGAAUAUUGAAAAUGAGAAAUCCUGGCAGCGUUUGGCCGCGUUCCGCCAACCUGUCUGCACAUGACGCAGAGAGGGGACUACUUAAAGGCGGAUUAACGCUGGCAAGACAUUAAAUCCAACCUCCCUGCAUCCAGACACAGCGCGCGACUCAUCAGUCUGAUCUUAAGAUCGACAAUAGGAGGGUUUAUUGUAAUCAGCCUUUCGGACUCCCCAAACAACGAGAAAGUGACAGCGUCACGCGAGCGCUCGGGCAGACGCACAGAACCCUAUUGCACGACGCGCGAGAGAGGAGGGCAGGACAGCUGCGGGCUCAUGAUCAAUGCAUUUGUCAGAUAACCUCCGAGCCUCUGGAGAGUGACAACGACCAAAAACCCAAGGAAAUAUUUUCCACAUAUUCGCCAGAAGUUCGUGCAGUGUGCCGUAGACUCUCGCCUGCUCCGGAUGAACAACAAUGGGGGAAUGGACCAUACUAGAGAGGCUUCUGGAGGCUGCUGUCCAGCAGCACUCUACUAUGAUAGGAAGGAUCCUACUAACUGUGGUGGUGAUCUUCCGGAUUCUAAUCGUAGCAAUAGUUGGAGAGACGGUCUAUGAUGAUGAGCAAACCAUGUUUGUUUGUAAUACCUUACAACCUGGCUGCAACCAGGCUUGCUACGACAAGGCAUUCCCAAUUUCACACAUUCGAUUUUGGGUUUUCCAGAUCAUAAUGGUUUGCACCCCGAGUCUUUGUUUUAUCACAUACUCGGUGCAUCAGUCAGCGAAACAGAAGGAGCGACGGUACUCCACUGUCUUUCUGUCCCUGGAUAAGGAUCAAGAUUCAAUGAAACGAGAUGACAGCAAAAAGAUUAAAAACACCAUUGUGAAUGGAGUACUUCAGAACACAGAGAACUCCACCAAAGAAGCCGAACCCGACUGUUUGGAAGUCAAAGAGAUCCCAAAUUCAGCCAUGAGAACUACUGGGAAGUCUAAAAAGAGUCGGCAAGAGGGUAUCUCGAGAUUUUACAUAAUUCAAGUGGUUUUCAGAAACGCGCUGGAAAUAGGGUUUUUAGUGGGUCAAUAUUUCUUGUAUGGAUUCAACGUCCCGUCGGUGUACGAAUGUGAUCGAUAUCCAUGCAUAAAAGAUGUCGAGUGCUAUGUUUCCAGACCAACGGAGAAGACCGUGUUUCUAGUCUUCAUGUUCGCGGUCAGUGGCUUUUGUGUGUUGCUGAAUCUGGCAGAACUCAAUCAUUUGGGGUGGAAGAAAAUCAAAACGGCGGUGCGAGGAGUGCAGGCGAGGCGGAAGUCCAUUUAUGAAAUCAGAAAUAAGGACUUGCCCCGAAUGAGUGUGCCUAAUUUCGGCCGUACUCAAUCCAGUGACUCUGCUUAUGUGUAGCACAUGGAGAGAGUUACCGAAGGGACAAUGUGCGAUGUGUAAAGAUUAAACCAAGAUGAACCCGGGAUGUACAGCUCCUCACACCUCAUCCGUUUCUUGACUUAAACGAGUGGGCAGAUUUUUUUAUUUGUUUGUCUUUUAUGGACUCCAAUGGCAAGCCUGGAUUCCACGUUUGUUGACUUAUUACAUUGCACUGAUUCAACUUUAUAGUGACGUUUAUACUAUGUAAAGCGCUACAUUUAGAUCAUGUCGACGUGUUCACGCAUUUACUCUACUGUACUUGAAGAGUGUAAAUGCAAAUUGCACUAAGAGGUGAACACCGGGGAGCCAAACCUAACCCGAUACGUGCUAUUGACAGUGUUUCAAAAACAGUUUCAAACCGAUUUUUGACAACAACCUAUUUAAGAAACACAAUACACCGGUUGACUAUGUGUUCGAAGGAAAAUCUAUUAUCCAUAUUUAUAUAGGCAUAUGUCUAUCUCCAGAUGUAUAUAGGAAUAUGCCUAUCUCCAGAUGUAUAUAGGAAUAUGCCUAUCUCCAGAUGUAUAUAGGCAUAUGGGAUAAAUAUAUACAUACAUUUUGGCUAGAUUGACCUAGUUGAAAUAUAUUAGCUUCAUUCGUGUUUUUUGUUGCCUGUGUUCGCACCACUGACCUUUAACGUAUGUAAUCAUUCCAUUGCUAUAUGGCUGACUUGCAAAACAGUAUCUGGUGGAUUUGCUGCAAACGCUAACGUCUGUGACUUCCUUCAUUUACAAUACACCAAAGCGCCCACUGCUUUUAUUUGUGAAAAGUGUUUUCUUGCUUUCGUGUAAUCAAGUGCCAUACUUGUACAUAAACAUAUAUAUAUAUAAAUGUAUAUAUAUAUAUAUAUAUAUAAAUAUAUAAUAUUAUUCAACAUGAAAGAUAAUUCCCUGCUUGAAUUAUGCUAAAUGCUGCCCAAUUUUUUUGCUUUAAGUGUAUUUGUUGUGAUUUAAAUGGAAAGGAUAUAUUACAUCUCUCUUUUUAUUUAGAAAAUGACUGGAAAAUAAAUAAUGUGCUAGUCUUUUUUAUAUACUGGAAGAAAACGUUUCUCCACAAUCACAAUUGAUCUCAACUCAAAAUAGCACAAAUUGACCUUUUUAACAAACUAAGGAUGGGCAAGAAGUAUCUGCUCUGGUGCUACAGUUUUUCACAGAAUGGUUUUCAAUGUAACCAAAAUAAACCAGAAGAAACAUCCCUUUCUGUUGAAAAUAAAAGUGGGAAUCAUGUACACCAGAAACGUGUGAGGUGCAGUACUUUUCUGUCUGAAAGCUGAACUGGAAUGUUAGAAUGUUAGAUCCUAUAGCUGCCUUGUCUAGACCAUGGCUUGGUCCAGUGAAAAUGACAAUGUUUGUCACACCCACGAGUCUAUAUUGUUCCAUCCAAUGAGAAAACCCCUAUGAGAGCUUCCUUUGAUGCUAUCAGUAUCUGUUACCAUGUGGGUGUGCUGUAAUUCAUUUAAACGGGGAUGAUGCUUCCAUGACAACCAUGAAUACUGCAUGUCCCAUUACAGUGUGCCCUGGGAAGCCCUAAUGUGAAAUGCAUUCUAACAUGCAUGUACUGUUCCUUUCCAGUCUUAGCUGACCUGACCGUGACUGUUCACAUGGCUGCUAUACUGUUAAUGACCUUGUAACCUUGACCAGGAAGCUAUUAGACAGACACACUGCACAAAACAUAGGAUGAUUAAGACCUGAUCUUUACUGAUAGAGGACUUGACCUUUUUUGUCCUCCACACAUCCCUUCUUCAGUCAUUUAUAGGAAGAGAGCAAGGGAGCGGCUCCGGACAAAGGGAAGGUCGUGUGAGCCUCAUGAAGGUCACUUAGAAGUAUGGAAAGAGAAAAAAGGUGUUAACUGUACACCAACACGAGAGGGAGAGAGAGAGAGAGAAGGGGAGAGAAAAAGAGCGAGAGGAGGAUUCUGGGAUGACCAUCAAGGAGGAUCCGAGGGGGGUUAGGAGGUUAGAUUCUGCCUCUGCCAGGAUGAUUCGGCAAAGCCCAGAGAAGUGCACACUGACACAUCUAUCUCAAACUCAGCAGGGAUGUGAAAAUUCUCCCUAACUCGAGAACUCUGGGGGAAAAAAAACAGGAGAAGUGCAAUUUGUCUACUUUGCCUGAUGCAAUGCAGUGGCUCACAUAAUCUUUUUUCUUACUCUCUUUCUCUCUCCAUCUUCAUCUCUCGCUCUCUCUAUUUGUCUAUCCCGUCCCUCUCUCGCUUUAAUUUUUUUACUUACCAAAUUACUGUACAGGCCAUCCUGUUCUAUAAGAUUGAAGUGUCCAAUUCCACACAGUUGUCUUCAACGCUUGUAAUGUCAUGGGUGUUCUUUCACUGAGAACUACUAGUUAUACAAGGCUGUUGUGUAAGGGAUCCUACAAAGACUAUAUUUUCACUGUACAUUACUGUAUAUUUACUGUACACUUACUGAAGGGACAGAUGCUCUAAUGCUGUGCUAGUGGUUUCCCUGCAAUAUUCAUCCUGGUAUUUUCACGGCUACUUCUAAAUGCCAAAAUUAUUGGGUUAUGUAUGAAUGCAAUUAUGCAUGCUGUGUUGCAUUUUCCAUCAUGUGAGUGUUGGAAGGCUUGGUUUAAUAUUACAUGAUACCUGUGCUGUUCUUUAUUUCCUUUGUGCUCAGCUCAUGACAGCCGGGCUAAAAAGGAAGAGAGCUUUUGACUAUUGACCAGAGACAUAGCUGGAAGUAGCGAUAGAUGUAAGCAACUCUCCCAGUUCUGGUUUACAGCCUCCCAAGCAAGUUAAACCAGAACGAAAGAAAGAUCACAUUCAUUUGAGUUCUCUGGCAUUUAUCUUGUGCUCGCUUUGGCCCCCACUCUUGACAACAGUAGAUACAUCUGAGCGAGGACUGCAGCUAUUCCAAGGAUCCAAGACAAAUGCUCAGGAAAACAACUAAUUUCAGCUGAUUGCAGGUGCUUAAAGAUACAGGGAGGGAGUUUUACAGGAUCAUUUUAGCCCUUAAUCUCUCUGUCUGGAGAAACACCUCUCAAUUAGAGAGAAUCUUCUCCCUGGGACUGUUAUGGUCAGGAGAGAUGAGAGGUGGGCAGUGUCCUGUCCUCAUUAAAGAAAAGCUAAUGUUAUUACCAUCCACCACUGCUUCAGUGUAAUUUCUUCCUUCCUGUUCAACACUUUAACAAGGGCCUUGAGGAUGAAAAAAUAUGCACUGUUUACCAUAAAAAUCACCAAUACUAUUUUUCUCAACAAGCCAAACUAAGUCUCCAACCCUGGAUGUUUUUUAUUUAACAUGAGCUGGUUCAGUAUAUGUACUGUUAGUGGAAUGACUUUGAAAGACAUACUGUGAAUUAAAUCCACUUUC